UGUGUGUGUGUGUGUGUGUGUGUGUGUGUGUGUGUGUGUGUGUGUGUGUGUGUGUGUGUUUACGCCGCGUUGAAAUUUGCUGAACACAUCAAAUUAAUAGGAGAGAUCUAGCUGAGAAUUGUUCCUCGCUAUUGAGUUUUAUAACGUGAACAUCCUGCGGGUUGUCGGACAAGGAAGAUGUCAGAUCCCACGGUGGCUGAUACUCGCCGGUUAAAUUCAAAACCUCAGGACCUGACGGAUGCUUAUGGUCCCCCCAGCAAUUUUCUUGAAAUGGAUGUUUAUGACCCCCAAACUGUUGGAGUCGGGCGGAACCGUUUCACAACGUACGAAGUCCGUAUGCGGACAAACCUGCCGAUUUUUAAGUUGAAGGAUUCUACUGUGCGAAGAAGAUACAGUGACUUUGAGUGGCUGAAGAAUGAGUUGGAGCGAGACAGUAAGAUUGUAGUGCCUCCCUUGCCUGGGAAGGCACUGAAGAGACAGCUACCUUUCCGUGGGGAUGAAGGCAUUUUUGAAGAUGCUUUCAUUGAAGAGCGGCGUGUGGGUCUUGAGCAGUUCAUCAACAGAAUUGCAGGUCACCCUCUGGCCCAAAACGAGCGCUGUCUUCACAUGUUUUUGCAGGACGAGAGCAUCGACCGCAACUACGUUCCCGGAAAGGUAUGAAUGAACUCAACAGUGCGCGCCACUGGGCAAAAUGUAGACUGCAGUUUAUUAACGUCAUCGCCUCAGUUUGCUCACCGCACAUACCAGUAAUUGAAACAACACUGUACAUAACCAAGAAGAUCUUAUAUUAUGGAUAUAAUGCAUAUUCCCAUGAAACUGAUUGAGAUCCAGUGGUUGGUAUGCAGAUGCUGCAUGGACAUUUCACCAGUCAAAACUUUUUAAGAAUUAUAAUUCAAGAUUGACAGUGAGAAAUGUGAAGGGAUGGUAACCACAAAAAAAGAAUAUUCGUAAAGAAACACAGAACAUGAUACGGAUCUUUUCAGGGGGGCAGAACAGGACAGUUGCCUACGAAUCCGCAGUCUCGGGGCCCCCUCGACAAACAAAAAAGAAACGAGUCGGACCUGACACUUUGAGGAUAAAGCAUUUCACCAUUUUUGCAACAUCUCUUUCAGUAAUGGAAAGACCAUCUGAUCAUGGCACGCAAUUGUUUGGACUCCAGAUCCAGUAAUCCAGAGGCAAGACGUGCCGAACGCAGACCAGGACUCGUCUGUUUUAUCACCUCUGCCUGAUUAAGCAUACCGCACCCUAUCCCCGUCGUGGUCGCAACCACCUUUGACAGCUGCUUGCGUCACUCUCUAAUGCCUUGUACUGUAUACAAAAAGUAUAUUCUGCUAGUUGCCCCAGCAACAAUGGUGCAUGUCCCUCUGCAGCACUGUAUUGGGGCUGUUUACUCCAAGAACACUAAAUGGGGGGUGUGACAGGGAAGUUGGUGCAUUGUUGGAGAUGUAUAAAAAUACAUGAGAAAUAGUGUUAUCCCAUCUUAAGUAUUCAAUCAUCAUGUCUCUGUCCCUUCAUACCCACAGUGACCAACAUUGUUCUUCCAAUUGUAUGUUUCCCAUCUCUGAUGGAUGUCAGUAAAUGAUACCUUCCAAAGUUAAGCAAAACAACUAUUUUAAAUGGGAGAUUUACUUCCUGUAGCAUGACAUUCCAUGUUUCUUUGCACGUCAACAUGCUCUUAGUGUGAUUUUUUUUUUUUUUUUUUUUGUAUUAUGAAUUUUUUCUUUCUGUAACUUUGCCUUGAGCUCUGCAUAAGUUGUCUUCAGUCUGCUUAUGGAAUGUCAGGUAAUCAAACCACUGUGAAAACAAGGGGCUGAUCAAUAAUCCACACAUUUGUAUUGAUAAAGCUUUCAGCAUGAAGUUUAUUGACCCAAAGUAUUCUUUAAAUUGCUUUCUGUCAUGUCUUUUACCUCUUCAUCAUUAUGUACAUUUAAUCAUGCAGAUUUCAGUUUUCAUAUAAACUGCCUUGUUUGUACUAUCAAUAAAAUCUCUGCCUGCUG